AAAAGAAAUUUGCAUUUGAAAAUGUACUUAUUUUUGCUAGUUAUAUUAUUUAUUUGUAUAUUUUCGUGCUAUUUCUUUGUCAGAUAUUUGUUUUUUUGUUUUAUUUGUCUGAAAUAUUUUUUUUUGUUUUUUGUUUUACUAGCUUCUUGUUUGAUAUGUUUCUGUUUUGUUUUUUUUGAAAACAACUUUUACAUGAAUUUUGAUGCUUGUGUAUAAAAGACUCAGUGAAGUCAAUAAGAAAACAAUUUUUAUAAGUGAUUAAAACCUUCAUGAAAAAAAGACUUUAACAGUAUUAAGAAAAAAGUAUCUGUCAAUUAUGUCGUUAAAAAGAAUAAGUGAUGUCUUGUUUUACGCUAUUUAACACAACACAAAUAGGUGUUCUCCUAAAGAAUGAAAGAAAACCUAUUUGUAUAGUAACUCUGUAUUUUAGUUUUGUAUAAUAAACUUGUAACCGAUAUGGAUUUGUCACCAACCAUGAUCAGUACUAUGUUGGAAUGCAAGAUCUGCUUAGAGACUUACCACAAGCCCAAACAACUUAAUUGUGGACAUACGUACUGUCAAGACUGUUUAGAUGGCAUUUUGAUAUUUAAAGAAAAUGGAAGUGCUGAACUGGUUUGUCCAUUGAGAUGUACAAAGAAGACUAUAAUAACAAAACUUGAGACAACAUCUUCUUUAGCGACGACUUUUUGUUUGACCGACAUUCUGGAUAAGAUGUCAAAUUGUGGAAAAGGUAUUAAGCUGUGCCAGGAGGCUGAAAAUUGCAAACAGCCUAUCUGUAUUUCCUGCAUAUCAUGUAGUGCAAAGAUGUGUGAGAAAUGUCAACGCUUGCAUUCAUGUGAAAACAAAUCUUAUGCUGUAGUAACAUUUGAUGAAAAGAUCCAAGAGGUCCAACCCUUUUGCAAAAAGCACAGUUCUCUAGCUAAAAAUGUCUGCAUCGAAUGUGAAGAGAAGUUCACUUGUGUUUUUUGUAUAAACAGAGAACACAAAAACCAUACAAAGAAAACAGUUGAAGAAAUGGGUUUGGAAAUAAAGAAGUGGUUCCAGUCCUUUGUGACAUCAUUUGAGGACAGAAAGGUUUUGUUGGAAUCCUUAUCAGGAAAGUAUAAUGAAGCUUUGAUGAACCUUAAGAGUCAGAGAGAAUUGUUUGUUCAUGAAUUAGAAGUAAGAAAAUUAAAACGCAUGGAGGAGUAUCUGCAGCUGUUAAAGGCAGAGGAAAAGAAAUUGCUGAAGGACUUUGAUGAAAAAACAGAAGAAUUCAAAGCAAAAGUGAUUAGCGGUGGUUACUCAGAAAAUGCUAAAAUGAAAAAAUUUUCUAGUUACAUAGAGCUCCUUAACUCGAAGUCUCAUUUUGAACUAGUUGCCGAAAAGAAAGAAAUUAAAAAAAACAUUAGUGAUCUAUCUUCUUUACCUGAAACGUUUCCAAAUUUAAACUUACAUCUUCCUCAAAUAAAUGAUAACGAAUUACUUAAAAAUCCAUUGGGUGAAUUGAAAAUUACUUUUUAUCCUGCUUACAUUGGAGACGUAAGUUCAUCUGAAUGGUCUGCAUGCAACAACACCAUUGGGGAAACUGAAGGAAAUUUUGACUAUCCACAACUAACAAAGGAUUUGAUGAACCUUGUAAAAAGUCUGAAAGGAUAUGAAAAGUCUCAAGGAAGUACGAGUCUUGUCAAUGCAGACACAGUGAAAAGAGAUGUUAAUUUAAAAAGUGCACAACCGGCAGUAGAGACUUGCAAAUUUAACGAAAUUGUGAAAAUCAUUCUCGAUGGUGAUGUCGAAAUGUUGAAAUCGAUUAUAUCCAGCGAUCCAAAUAUUGCAAAGAUGAGAGAUGAUGAUGGAGAAACGCUGCUAAUGAUAGCAACAAGGAAUACCAUCGAUGGUACAGGUUUUGAUUGAUGCUGGAAGUGAUGUACAUGCUGUUAAUAGAACUAACUUGAAUGCAUAUGAAAUUAGUGCAUUUCUAGAUUAUUCAGACGUUUUUUAAUAUGCUGACAGAACACGACAGCACGGGUUGCAAACACGUACGCGACAUCAGUCUUUUAAAGUUAAAGAUGGCAUUUUCUUAAGGUCAUACUAAAUGUUUUAAAUUAGCUGCUGUCUCAGGACUGUUGCAGAUUAUUUUUUGGAGGGGGGGGGAUGGCUGACCUUGAGAUUCUAACCUUCUAAGUUAAGUAAAAAGGCACCCUAUGCUGAAGUUUCUCACAUAUCAACCCCAGUCAACAGACUUUAUUAGGGAUUAGGGUACAGUCCUGUGUCUAUGCUACAUUUGACAUAUUGACAAAACUGUUUCACAUUAUCUUAACUAUAUUAAUGUAAGUUUAAAAUUGAUUUAAAUUCCGUCGGUGGUAGUUCUAAUGUUAUUAAAUGUUAAUGCUAAGAACAUUACAGAACGUGAGGUCGUUGAAUUGUUUUGGUUUCAUUCUAAAACUUAUUAUUUUGUAAUUCUUUGAAUAAAUUUUUGGCCCACAUGAAUACUGAUAAAGAUAAAAAAGAAUAAAAAAAAUCCCAAUCUUUUAACUAUGUAAAAUGGAAGAAAAUUUGAAUUGUUGUCAUACGUAUCUAAAAGGAAGAAAAAAAAGCAAAGUGGAAGACAGUGCUAUGUUGGCUGGAACUAUUACGUCAUGCAAAGUUACUGGAAUGUAAAAAACAAAACAAGCAUUGGAUAGGAAAGUGCCGUGUCUUUACACAAUAACGAAUUCAUAUUAUAUGACGACGAAAACAGAGGCAGGUUUUAUUGAAUUACAUUAAAAGAACAAAGUAAUAUAGAUGGAAUUUUUUGUACCCUUUGAUUCCCGAUUUGUGUUAUUGAUGUAAUUUUAUCGGGGCAGAGGUGCUUUUUAAUCGGAGUUAGUUUAGUUACAAAAAUGUUGAUACGACAUCAGCAAAAGCUUUGUAAAUGGUUUUUACCCUUUUAAAAAGAGUUUUCAAAGAAUAAAA